AUGGAGUUGCGCACCGAAAAGGAGCUGGCUGAGGAGAUCGACGCUAUGCGCGUCUCCACUCAUUCGGCCGGUCCUCGACAGCCCCUCCCUUCGAGCCAGGCGGAGGGGGCCCCGCCACCGCGUUCAAUGAUCACCAGGGACAUGUCCACGUCCCAGGUGGUCGGACAGGCCGCGAAAAUGGCGGAGGCCGUCCGGAAAUUGGCGACAAAGUUGAAGAACCUUAAAGGUACCUUCGUCCGCCAAUUCAAGAAGGCGGCGACCGGCCUAGAGAAGGCCGUAUCCAUAGUGGCAGGCUGGCUGGACCUCUCGAGGAAGGCUCAGCCCCUCGACGCGCUCAACACGUCCUUGAGCGCGGAGGUCAGCCGGCUGCGCGACAACGCUGCCUCCUUGGAGAGAGAGAAGGGCGCCGUCCAGGCCAAAAUGGACAACGUCCUUCGGGAGAACGGUCGCCUGCAGGGCGAAGUUGACGCCCUGCACGGCGAACUCCGCGACUUGAGGCGAAAUCUCAUGUCUUUAAGGAAGGAGCGGUUAAAGGAGGCGGGAAGCCCUAAGAAACGGCCUUCCGGCCGCCAGUCCCCGCCUCCCCCCGCUCCAUCCCCGCGGGUGGUUACCCCGCCACCUGGACCUUCCGUGCCGCCGGAGCCGGAGGGCCCCUGGGCGACUCCUCUUUCCCCGGUGGGAGAAAGACAAAGCCCUUUGCAGGGGGAGCACUCGGUAUCGCCUGUGGCGUCCCGGGCGCCCACUCCUCCGCCCAGGAGGGCACCGCCAAGCCCCAAGUCCCUCAGGGAGGUGGAGGGCCGCAUCAUGGACGCGAUGCGCUCCCAAUUGUCCAUCUUUUGGGAGCAAAUUUCUGACAAGAAGUGUUUAAUGGUAAUACUGGACUAA